AUGAAAGCGAGUCAAGGAACAAAAGUGAGUCAAGGAACAAAAGUGAGUCAAGGAACAUAAGUGAGUCAAGGAACAAAAGUGAGUCAAGAAACGAGAAAAGUGAGUCAAGGAACAAAAGUGAGUCAAGGAACAAAAGUGAGUCAAGGAACAUAAGUGAGUCAAGAAACUAAAGUGAGUCAAGAAACGAGAGUGAGUCAAGGAACGAGAGUGAUGAGUCGAGAAACAAAAGUGAGUCAAGAAACGAAAGUGAGUCAAGGAACAAUGAAGAGUCAAGGAACAAAAGUGAGUCAAGGAACGAAAGUGAGUCAAGUAACAUAAGUGAGUCAAGGAACGAAAGUAAGUCAAGAUACGAAAGUGAAUCAAGGAACGAAAGGGAGUCAAAGAACAAAACUCCAUCAAAUCACACAACACAGCUCCAUCAAACCACGCAACACAGCUCCAUCAAACCACAAAACACAGCCUCAUCAAACUAAGCAAAACAGCUCCAUCAAACCAAGCAAUCCAGCUCCAUCAAACCACGCAACACAGGCUUAUCAAACCAAGCAACACAGCCUCAUCAAACCAAGCAAGACAGUUCCAUCAAACCAAGCAACACAGCUCCCUCAAACCAAGCAACACAGCCUCGUCAAACCAAGCAACACAGCCUCAUCAAACCAAGCAACACAGCCUCACCAAACCAAGCAACACAGCUUCAUCAAACAAGCAACACAGCUCCAUCAAACCAAGCAGCUCAGCCACAUCAAUCCAAGCAACACAGUCUCAUCAAACCACGCAACACAGCGUCAUCAAACCAAUCAACACAGCUCCAUCAAACCAAGAACACAGCCUCAUCAAACCAAGCAACACAGCUCCAUCAAACCACGCAAAACAGCUUCAUCAAACCACGUAACACAGCUCCAUCAAAUCAAGCAACACAGCUCCAACAAACCAAGCAACUCAGCCACAUCAAUCCAAGCAAUACAGCCUCAUCAAACCACGCAACACAGCCUCAUCAAACCAAUCAACACAGCUCCAUCAAACCAAGCAACAUCGCAUCAUCAAACCAAGCAACACAGCUCCAUCAAACCGCGCAAAAGAGCUUCAUCAAACAACGUAACAGAGCUCCAUCAAAUCAAGCAACACAGCUCCAUCAAACCAAGCAACACAGCUCCAUCAAACCAAGCGACUCAGCUCCAUCAAACCACGCAACUCAGCUCCAUCAAACCACGCAACACAGCUCCAUCAAACCACGCAACACAGCUCCAUCAAACCACGCAACCCAGCUCCAUCAAACCCCUCAACACAGCUCCAUCAAAUCAGACAACACAGCUCCAUCAAACCACGCAAAACAGCUCCAUCAAACCACACAACACAGCUUCAUCAAAGCACGCAACACAGCUCCAUGAAACCACGCAACACAGCUCCAUCAAACCAAGCAACACAGCCUCAUCUAACCAAGCAACCUAG